GUCACACGGCUCGGCGCGUAGCUGUGGCCGAGGCGGCAGGGCCUGAGGACGCGGCGGCGGCGGCGGCGUCGGCCAGCGAGGCUGAGGGCCGAGUCCGCGGCGCGGGGCUGAGGAGGGGUCACGGCUAGUGGACUCCCUGAGGUCCUGUCCCCCGGGCCGCUCUGACUGGGUUUGCACUGGAGUGGAAGGCGCUGGAAGGCAGACCGGCCGCUAUGUCCACAUUCAGGCAGGAAGAUGUGGAAGACCACUAUGAGAUGGGGGAGGAGCUGGGCAGCGGGCAAUUUGCGAUUGUGCGGAAAUGCCGGCAGAAGGGCACCGGGAAGGAGUACGCAGCCAAGUUCAUCAAGAAGCGCCGCCUGUCGUCCAGCCGCCGGGGGGUCAGCCGGGAGGAGAUCGAGCGGGAGGUGAACAUCCUGCGGGAGAUCCGGCACCCCAACAUCAUCACGCUGCACGACAUCUUUGAGAACAAGACUGACGUGGUGCUCAUCCUGGAGCUAGUCUCGGGCGGGGAGCUCUUCGACUUCCUGGCGGAGAAGGAGUCGCUGACAGAGGACGAGGCCACUCAGUUCCUCAAGCAGAUCCUGGAUGGCGUCCACUACCUGCACUCCAAGCGCAUCGCCCACUUCGACCUGAAGCCGGAGAACAUCAUGCUCCUGGACAAGAACGUGCCCAGCCCGCGCAUCAAGCUCAUCGACUUCGGCAUCGCCCACAAGAUCGAAGCGGGGAACGAGUUCAAGAACAUCUUCGGCACCCCGGAGUUCGUGGCUCCCGAGAUCGUCAACUACGAGCCCCUGGGUCUGGAGGCGGACAUGUGGAGCAUCGGCGUCAUCACCUACAUCCUCUUGAGCGGCGCGUCCCCUUUCCUGGGCGAGACCAAGCAGGAGACCCUGACCAACAUCUCGGCCGUGAACUACGACUUUGACGAGGAGUACUUCAGCAACACCAGCGAGCUGGCCAAGGACUUCAUCCGCCGUCUGCUCGUCAAGGACCCCAAGAGGAGAAUGACCAUCGCCCAGAGCCUGGAGCAUUCCUGGAUCAAGGCCAUCCGGCGGCGGAACGUGCGGCGGGAGGACAGCGGCCGCAAGCCGGAGCGGCGGCGCCUGAAGACGGCCCGCCUCAAGGAGUACACCAUCAAGUCGCACUCGAGCAUGCCCCCCAACAACACCUACGUCAACUUCGAGCGCUUCUCCAAGGUGCUGGAGGAGGUGGCGGCGGCCGAGGAGGGCCUGCGCGGGCUCGAGCACAGCCGGCGCCUGUUCCACGAGGACAUCGAGGCGCUGACGGCCAUCUACGAGGAGAAGGAGGCCUGGUACCGCGAGGAGAGCGAGAGCAUUGGCCAGGACCUGCGGCGGCUGCGCCAGGAGCUGCACAAGACCGAGGCGCUCCAGCGGCAGGCCCAGGAGGAGGCCAAGGACGCCCUGCUGGGGGCCAGCGGGCUCAAGCGCCGCUUCAGCCGCCUGGAGAACCGCUACGAGGCGCUGGCCAAGCAGGUGGCCUCCGAGAUGCGGUUCGUGCAGGAUCUGGUGCGCGCCAUGGAGCAGGAGAAGCUGCAGGAGGGGGAGUGCAGCCUCCGCUAGGGCUGCUCAGGGUAGUGUGUCCUGCUGCCCUGGGCGAGGCCCCCGUCACUCUGGUGUGGCCUCGGAGCGCCCCCAGGCUGGAGGUCGCGCUGGGAAGAGCGCCGGGCCAGGAUGCACUUCACGGGGCCCAGGAGCCCCAGCUGAGGGAGGGCUUUGGCCCGGCUCUGCCUCGGGAGGACGUGGCUGCUCUGGGCCUUCUCUGGGCAGCCCAAGUCCCCCAGCUCCGCCCCUUCCUCCUGCAACUCAAUUCUGGGGGCUUCUGGGGCAGCACCAGCUCAGGAACUCUGGGAGGGGUGGGCACGUCCAAGACAGGACUGGCCGCGGUGGACACAGAUGCCUCACGUGGCUGGGUGUUGGGGUGGCAGCUUCAAUGUCCGGGGCCUGGGUCAGCGGCUUCAGGCCCUCCGUGUGGUCCAGGUGCGUGGAACUUUGGUGUGGGGGGAGGGAGCGCGGGGCGGGGGGUGUCUUGAGUGCCCCGGGCUCACCCCAAGACUCAGAUUUGGAGGGGCCUCUGCUGGACACUCCAGCUCCUCCUCUUCUGGAGAUGGGAGGCUGCUCCUCGGGGGUCAGUGGUGGAGGUGAGCUCUGAGCCCAGCUCUGCAGAUCACCCCUUGCCGUGCCCACAGCCCGGGGCUGGGCACCAGGACCAGAGCUGGGGAGAUGACCCAGCCCUCAAGGAGAUGUUGGUUUGGGGGUUGUCCUGGGGGAGUGUGUGGCAGGCACAGUGCCCGGAUGCAGUAAAGGAAACGCCUGCAGAGCUGAGUCUCCACUCCCUCCCUGAGGCGGGCCGGCGGGGGGAAGGGGGGAAGAGCUGUGGCUGCCUGGAGGCCUCCCCGCAGCGCAGGCUGUGGGACCGUCCCCUUCUCUGCAGCCCCCGGACAACAGCCCUGACAGCUGAGAGCCAUCGGCGGGGGUCCCAGCCCUGCCCCGUCUCACCCCCUUCUCCAGUGCUGCCUUCAGGCCAGCACCUCUCAGGUGGGCCCCAUGGAGUAACUGCUGGAGGCCUGUGUUCCCAGAGUCCCCUCCCUGGAGAGCCCCAGGGCUAUGCCGCCCCAUGCAGGGAGAAGCCCAUGGGACAGCCUCUGCUGGCCCGCUGUUUCCAGGGACCCCUCUCCAAUGGAGGUGAAGCCUUGGAGAGUGUGGCCCUGGACCUCAGGGCUGCGUGGGCUUCAGUGGGCAGUGCCGCUGUGCGCCACUAGGUGCUGCCCUGGAGCGGGGUCUCGUGUCCCAGAGAAACUGCCCUGAGGUGCAGGCUUCAGCCAAACGUGGGUCCCCAGCUGGUGGCCACUCUGCGCUUGGAGUUCUCUGCUGCUGGUUGUGUUCUUGAGGGGCCCCUGUACACCCCACCUUAGCCCGGGAGGAGUCCUUGGGACAGAGGUCAGCCCAGGCCGAGUGCGGGCAGCAGCUCGGCGGUGGGUGGGUGGGUGCUCCAGCGGUGGCCCUGGCUGGGGCCCAGGCCACCGGACCCCGCGGGACCUUGAGACCUGGCUGUGGGGCUGGCGGGGCGGGGGGGGGGGGGCCUCUGUGUGCCCCUCAUGAACUCCAUCGUGUGACCCGCACGCCUCUAAGCAUGUUCCUGCUGCCAGCCUUCAGGAAAUAAAGCCCGGCUUCCCUGGCGUCCGGCUCUUCUCUGCUUGGGCCCGGGCAGGGGGGCCAGCCUUGGUGGUCACCCAGCGCCACAGCCUCUCCGGCCUCUUGUGUCUCUUUCCCUCCGUCGCUGCUCCCCACCCCCAGCCUUGCGGGGCCUCGGAGGCAGCCCCAAUUUUGGGGCUCAGCUGGACUGCGGUUCUUUUCGUUGCGAUGAGAUGGAGGCAUCCAGGCAGCUAGUGUGGGCCUGGAGGGGUUUCCUGUCCCUUUGCUCCUCCUGAGACGCUGCCAGGUCACAUGUAGGCUCCCCUGCCCUGCUGUGGGCCUGCCUGCAGGAGGUGUCCUUGUCGCUCCUGCUGCCGCUCACCGCGGCCUCUGGGUCUGGGAUGUCCUCUUCCUCCUUCCCAGUGGCCGGCUCAGCCUUCUGUUACCUCUCCAUGCAUUCCCCCCACCCUCAGUUUUUUUAUUUUAUUUUAUUUUAUUUUAUUUUAUUUUAUUUUAUUUUAUUUUAUUUAUUGGCUGCGUUGGGUCUUUGUUGCUGCACACGGGCUUUCUCUAGUUGCUGCGAGUGGGGGCUACUCUUCAUUGUGGUGCGCAGGCUCCUCAUUGUAGUGGUUUCUCUUGUUGUGGAGCACGGGCUCUAGGCGCAUGGGCUUCAGUAGUUGUGGCACAUGGGCUCAGUAGUUGCGGCUCAUGGCCUCUAGAGCAUAGGCUCAAUAGUUGUGGCACACGGGCUUAGUUGCUCCAUGGCAUGUGGAAUCUUCCCAGGGCAGGGCUCGAACCCGUGUCCCCCUGCAUUGGCAGGCGGAUUCUUUACCACUGCGCCACCUAGGAAGUCCCCCCCACCCUCAGUUUUUAAAACUAAUUUUAGAAAAAUUGAGAUAAGACUUACCAUAAAAUCCAUCGU